GUUUGAACGGAGGAGGCAGCCGAAGGAGCCCCGGUAACCGGCUGGAAAACACCCUACAAUUAUUGACGGACCAUCCACAUAUAAACGUGUGUAAAGGACCUUAAACCUCUGGAUAUUUUGCACUCUGGAUAUUAUCGACUUGCUGCCGGGAUAUGCCCGUUUAGCUUAAACCUUGCAUGGAUCUUUUGCUAGUAACGGUCAUUUUUUCCACUGAGGCGUUAGCUUAAAAAAAAAAAAAAAAAAACAUACCUGGCGCAGGUUUCAUGUAGUCUGUCGGUUUAUUCACCUCUUUGCCUUUAGCCGAAGCCUUUCAAUGAAAAUGUGAGUCUUUGCCCCCGUCCAUGAGGUAGCCAAACCCCGUCGUUGGCAUCCGACACAGCUGGGUCGUAUCGAGAAGAUUGUGGAUUAACCUAAUAACCGUUUUAUCGCCUUUUUUUCCUCCUCAAAUACCAAGAAAAGACGCCUUCCUCUGGCCCUUAGCCAAAAUGAGCGUCUGUUUAAUUGAAUCAAACACAUGAGUGGAGUCUAAACAAACCUUGUACGAUAUAUCUCCCAAGGAGCGCACAUUUAUUUUUCCAUUUCUGCUAAUAUUCAACGGCGGCAGCUGCUCUGGAAAAUAUGGAAAGCGAGGUUUUCACUCCGUUACUGGAGCAGUUUAUGGUCACGCCUCUGGUCUGCUGGGUGAAGACGGUAGGACAGCCGACAGUGACAGAUGGCACCAAAUUAUCGGAAUAUAUUGAAUUAGUGGAUGGGAUUUACCUGAACGAGAUAAUGCUUGAGAUAAAUCCAAAGGGUACAGUGCAGAGGACCAACAAGAAAGUGAAUAAUGACCCCACUCUUCGCAUCCAGAAUCUUUCAAUUCUCAUCAGGCAAAUUAAAGCCUACUAUCAGGAGACUCUCCAGCAGCUGGUGAUGAUGUCUUUACCAAAUGUGCUCAUUCUGGGCCGGAACCCUCUAUCUGAGCAAGGUCUGGAGGAGAUGAAGAAAUUAUUGCUGCUGCUCUUAGGUUGUGCAGUCCAGUGUGAGAAGAAGGAAGAGUACAUUGAGCGCAUCCAGACACUGGAUUUUGACUCCAAAGCUGCCAUAGCAUCUCACAUCCAAGAGGUGACCCAUAAUCAGGAGAAUGUAGUGGACCUGCAGUGGUUAGAAAGUGGAGAAAUGCCUCCUGAAGAUCUGGACGGCCUUUCCAGGAACCUAGCUUUUCACCUCAAACGCCUAGUGGAUGAGAGGGACACACAGCUGGAGACUAUCGUAGAACUCACACAGGAGCGGGACUGUGUGCAGCUCUCUCCAUUGGCUCCCUGUCCUGCACAGUCUCCUAGUGACUCCCCAAGUAUGAGGAGGACCGAGAGUCGACAGCAUCUCUCAGUGGAGUUGGCUGAUGCCAAGGCCAAGAUCAGACGUCUACGUCAGGAACUAGAGGAGAAGAGUGAGCAGCUUUUGGACACCAGGCAGGAGCUGGAGAACAUGGAGGUGGAACUCAAGAGGCUUCAGCAAGAGAGCUAUCAGCUGCUGUCUGAUGCGCGAUCAGCACGGGCCUAUCGUGAUGAGCUGGAUGCCCUCAGGGAGAAAGCAAUCCGUGUUGACAAACUUGAGAGUGAACUGACUCGGUACAAGGAAAAACUUCAUGACAUCGAGUUUUACAAGGCCAGAGUCGAGGAGCUCAAGGAGGACAAUCAUAUCCUGCUGGAGACUAAGACGAUGCUGGAGGAGCAGCUAGAUACAAGCAGGACCCGGUCUGACAAACUGCACCUUUUGGAGAAGGAGAAUCUGCAGCUUAAAUCUAAGAUGCACGAUUUGGAGAUGGAGCGGGAUUUGGACCGGAAACGUCUCGAGGAAUUGCUGGAGGAGAACCUGGUCCUUGAAAUGGCUCAGAAACAGAGCAUGGAUGAGUCUCUUCACCUUGGCUGGGAACUGGAGCAGCUAUCCAAAACACCAGAUCUGACUGAGGCCCCUCAAAAGUCUCUGGGUGAGGAGGUGAAUGAGCUGACUUCAAGCCGUCUGCUGAAGCUGGAAAAAGACAACCAGACGCUCCUGAAGACGGUGGAGGAGCUCAGAGGAGCCUCUGGGCAGGACAUCGCAGCAAAACUGGCCAAAGCAAGCCAGGAAAACCAGACACUGAAGCAGAAACUGGAACAGCUGGAGAGUGAACUGACAGCAGACAAAGAAUCACUUCGCAGCUCUGAAAUGCUCAGUACUGACCUGAUGAAAGAGAAGGCUUUACUGGAGAAAACCUUGGAAACACUUCGAGAAAACUCUGAGAGACAGUUGAAGGGUCUGGAACAGGAGAACAAGCACCUCAGUCAGACAGUGACAACUCUGCGGCAGCGCUGCCAGGUUGGAACUGAAGCUCGAGUCAAGGAUGUGGAGAAGGAGAAUCGUGUUCUCCAUGAGUCCAUCUGUGAAACCACCGCCAAACUCAACAAGGUGGAGUUUGAAAGGAAACAACUACGUAAGGAGCUUGAAGUGAUGAAGGAGAAAGGAGAGAGAGCAGAGGAGUUGGAGUUGCAAGUGCAGAAGCUGGAGAGAGAAAAUGAAAGUCUGCAAAAGAAGGUGGCCAGUCUGGCAGUCACUUGUGAAAAGGUGUCUUCCUUGGAGAAAGAGAACACAGAUUUGGAAGCCGAAGGCCGGCGUCUGAAGAAGAAGCUGGACACCCUGAAAAACAUGGCCUUCCAGGUAGAAGCUGUAGAGAAGGAGAACUCCCAGCUGGAGCAGGAGAACCUGGAGUUACGCCGUUCAGCUGAGAGCCUUCGACUGGGGGGAGCAAAGGCAGCUCAACUGGAAGCUGAGAACAGAGAACUGGAGAGUGAGAGGAACCAGCUGAAGCGCAGUCUGGAACUGCUAAAGGCCUCCUCAAAGAAGACUGAGAGACUAGAGGUGAGUUACCAGGGCCUAGAUACAGAGAACCAGCGCUUGCAGAAGACUUUAGAGAACAGCAGCAAGAAGAUCCAGCAGCUGGAGGCAGAGGUACAAGAAGUGGAGGCUGAGAAUCAAACACUCCAACGCAACCUGGAGGAGCUCAAGAUCUCCAGUAAACGUCUUGAACAGCUGGAACAAGAGAACAAGACUCUGGAGCAGGAAACUUCCCAGUUGGAAAAAGACAAGAAGCUUCUAGAGAAAGAAAACAAGCGACUGAGGCAACAGGCUGAGAUACGGGACUUGAAGUUAGAUGACAGCAACCAGCGGAUUUCCUCCUUGGAGAAAGAGAAUCGUACAAUGGGUAAAGAGAUGAUCUUCUUUAGGGACUCCUGCACCAGAGUGAAAGACCUCGAGAGGGAGAACAAGGACCUGGUCAAACAAGCCUCCAUUGAUAAGAAGACACUCAUCACCCUCAGAGAGGAGCUGGUCAGUGAGAAGUUGCGAACUCAACAGAUGAAUAAUGACCUGGAGAAACUGACCCAUGAGUUGGAAAAAAUUGGUCUAAAUAAGGAGAGACUGCUACAUGAUGAGGGCUCUGAUGACAGGUUUAAGCUUCUGGAAAGUAAACUAGAGUCGACUCUGAAAUCAUCUUUGGAGAUUAAGGAGGAGAAGAUUGCUGCCCUUGAGGCCAGACUUCAGGAGUCCUCUAACCUGAACCAGCAACUUCGCCAAGAGCUUAAGACGGUAAAGAAAAACUAUGAGGCGCUGCGUCAGAGAGAGGAGGAGGAGAGGAUGGUGCAGAGCUCGCCCCCCAGAGGAGGGGAGGACCCACAGACUGUUAGCAAAUGGGAAAAGGAAAGCCACGAAGCCACAAGGGAGCUCUUGAAGGUCAAAGACAGGCUCAUCGAGGUGGAAAGGAAUAAUGCUACUUUGCAGGCUGAGAAGGCGGCCCUCAGGAGCCAGCUCAAACAAUUAGAAACUCAAAGCUCCAAUCUCCAGGCACAAAUAGUGGCUCUGCAAAGGCAAACGGCCUCUUUACAGGAGAACAAUACAACACUGCAGACGCAGAAUGCCAAGCUGCAGGUGGAGAACUCCACUUUGAGCUCUCAGAGUGCAUCUCUCAUGGCCCAGAAUGCACAGCUGCAGAGCCAGCAGAGCAGUGUAGAGGGCGAGAAAGAAGGAGCCCUAAGAGAGAAAGAGGAGGUGAGGGCCACUUAUGAAAUGCUCCUGCGCGAUCAUGAGAAGCUGGCAGCACUCCAUGAGAGGCAAGCAGCCGAAUACGAAGCCCUGAUCGGAAAGCACGGAGGGCUGAAAACCUCUCAUAAGAGCCUGGAGCAGCAACACAGGGACCUCGAAGACAAGUACAAGCAGCUUCUACAGAGGAAGAAGGACCUUGAGGAUCUAGAGAAAAAUCUAAAGGAGCAGCAGGACAAAAUGGCAUUAGAGAACCAGACUCACCAAGCCACAGCUGACCAGUGCAAACUGCUCAAAGAAGAGAAUGACAGACUCAAUACAAAUUAUCGUCAGCUGAUGAAGGACAAUGAGGCUCUCCAGCUGGACCAUAAGAACAUAAAAAGCCAGCUGAACAGUGCAAAACUGGACCAGACCAAACUGGAGGCUGACUUUUCCAAACUGAAGGAGCAGUACCAGCAGCUGGACAUCACCUCCACCAAACUCACCAACCAGUGUGAACUGUUGAGCCAGCUGAAAGGAAACCUAGAGGAGGAGAACCGCCACCUGUUGGACCAGAUCCAGACCCUGAUGCUACAGAACCGCACCCUAUUGGAGCAGACUAUGGAGAGCAAGGACCUGUUCCACGUAGAGCAGAGACAAUACAUAGACAAAUUGAAUGAACUGAGGAGACAGAAGGAGAAGCUGGAGGAGAAGAUCAUGGACCAGUAUAAGUUUUACGACCCUUCACCUCCACGCAGGCGAGGCAAUUGGAUCACUCUGAAGAUGAGGAAGCUGAUUAAGCCAAAGAGGGAAAGGAUGCGCUCCCUUACGUUGACUCCAUCUCGGUCAGAGUCUGGUGACGGUUUCUUGUCAUUUCCACCUGACAGUCAGGACAGCUCAUCUAUAGGCUCCGGCUCCAACUCUCUGGAUGACACACUCACACAGAAAAGGAGCAACAGGAGGAGGGGGCAGCAGUCCCAUGCCCAGGGGCAGGGUUCUACCAAUGCUAUAAAAAGGUUGCCUUUCAUGAGGAACAGAUCCAAGGACAAAGACAAGGCCAAGGCCAUCUACCGGCGCUCCAUGUCCAUGAAUGACCUACUGCAGACCAUGGUGUUGGCGGGUGGACCUGAUGCUCAGUGGGCGAGCAGCAUCGAGAACCUGGAUGGUACUGAGGCCACUGGUACCACUAGACGCAGCGGCCAACGCAUGAAGGAACUCGCACUUUCUACAAACGCCAUCGACUGCGCUGCUCUCACCCUGCCAUCCGCGGGGCAUAGCCGGACCAAGAACAGGCUUCAGGUCAAAGACAAUGUCUCCUGUGAGGAUGUUACUGGCUCCUUAGAUGACCCUAAGAGCCAAGGCCUGCAGGUGUUUAGCGGUGUUUUGGCUCUGUGUCCUUCUCCUGUUGAUUUAAGCGCUGUGUGCAGAGUGCCCUGUAGCAUCUGUACCUCCAGACCCUCCAGUCUCCAUAGCAACAGGACCACCAGUAGUAAUAGUAACAAUAACUCCCACCUCACUUCUCCUCUGGAGGCUAAAGGCACAUUGAAUGGCAGCCUCAGCAGGCCCCACAGUGAGAGCAGUGGAGAGUUCAGCCUGAGCCUGGACCAGGAGGUAUGGUCCAGCAGCGGCAGUAGCCCGGUCCAGCAGCCCACCUCCUCACGUUCAUCCCACCAGAGCCCUCUGCAGCUCAGGAGGUCCCUAGACCCGUCCACGGCCACAAGCAGCCCAGGACAGAGCCAGAUUAGGAAGACUGGUUCACCAGGGAAUGAGGUGUUGUCCCUGCAGCAGUUCCUAGAUGAGGGUAUUGACCCUGCAGAGUCUGGCAGUCAGGAGAACCUCACUGUAGACUCUCCCCGCCUCUCCACUUCCUCUGAGCAUGCCCAGAAGGAGCGCACAUCCUCGAAGGGCCGUGGCAUCCUCCGCUCCUCCAGUGGGAGAGCAGCACCGGUCAGCUCCGACCGUCCACCCAGAUCCGCAGGACAGCCCGGACGCCCCACCCUGCGGAAAGCAGAGAGCACUCGUGUCAGAGGAUCCGUCCCGGCUCGUUCCAGUCUGUCCACGCAGAGCAAAGCCAUGUCGGUGUCCGAGCGCCUGGACUCGACCUCCUCCACGUUGCCCAGAGCCAGCAGCGUCAUCUCCACCGCAGAGGGAACCACAAGACGCACAAGCAUCCACGACCUACUCUCCAAGGACAACCGCCAACCAGUGUCUGUCGAUGCCUCUCCUCCCGCUGCCUCCACCAAAACCGGGCUGCGCUCCCAGCCCACACCCAGUGAGUACCACCCCACCAGCACCAACCUAAAGGCCCCCCUCACUGCCACAUCCCCAUUACCCAAGUCCCUCAGCUUACCCUGCCAUAGCCUGGAAGAGCCUGACCUUUCAACCCUUGAGUCUUUCCUCGGCCCGUCCUUCACUGUAGAGUCUGUGUUUAUGGACUCCAUCUUUAGUGAGUCCACGGGCAAAAACCACCCCUUCCUGUCUCUGAACCCCAGCCUAGUCAGCAACAUCAGCGGGCCUCCCGUUAAAACACACCCCACUCCCACUUCGAACCACAAUGUGUCACAAAACCAGAACCCACACAGCCAGUCGAAUGGCCCGAGUAGUCUGAAAGGGUUUAAUGAAGGAGUGGAGCCGAGCCGUGUGAAUAAUUCUGAGCCGUCACUCAGCCAAGAGGACAACCAGUCCCUGUGGUACGAGUACGGCUGUGUGUGACCGACUCGCCCCCGAGGACACGACGACUCUGCUCUGCAUGUGUUUAUCUGAGCACUACCUGUCUGUUUGGUGUUUGGUUCUGGUUCUGUUUGCCAUGGUGCUGAUUAAUGAAUCAAGGUUUUUUUUUUGUUUGCUGUCACCUCCCCUGUGUUCUGUCCUGUCCUCUGUGGUGGGACUCUGGUUAAUGAUGUUCUUCUCCAUUCAGUAUUUUCUUCAUUUAA